UCUGAAAAAUUUUCUCUCUCUAAAUGCUUUCUCGCUCUAGCGGUCCUGCGUUACACCGUAAGAUACUUAUAUUACCAUCGAGCAAAUGUGGAAACCCUAAUGCCAGAAAAUCUGCAGAUAAUGAUUUAUGCGACAUUCAGAUGAAUAUUUGCCUGUUGCUGCAACUUUAAAGUGGAGAAAGUGGGUCGAAAUUAAUUUUAUUGCUGAGUUCAAGAUAUUUGAUCAUUCCUCACCAGGUUCAUCGGGCUCUUUAAUCUCCUCGAAAGAAGGUAAAAAACGAUUUCUCACAACAAAAGAAGUAAAUUACCAGGGUGUUUGCCAUGCCUCUGUACAAGCGAACACCCUUUCCUCUUCGCUCCCCACCGCUAGGUUUAAUGCCCAAUGAUAGCAUAUUUAUAAUCCGUUUCACAAACGAGAUAUUUAUGAACUAUGAUGCAUAUUUGAAGCGAAUUAAUCUUUAUCGGCAAAGAGUAUGGACCUGUAAGAUCACAGGGAAAUCAGGACUAACUUAUGAAGAAGCCUUGGUCAGUGAGCAGCAUGCCUCUAAUGAAGCUCAAAAGUUCCCUGAAGAACUUGUGAUCCCUGUGCUACACAUGGUUCAAUUCAGCACUCUUAAGCAGAAUGAUUUGGUGUCCACAAUAUAUAGGAGCUUGCAGUGGUGCUUUGCAGAAGGCGAAGAGACAUAUGGAAGUUUUGAGAACUCUAUGUGUCCAUGUAAAAUUUUGAGGGUUUUAGAGAAGGCUGAUGGGAAGGAUGGUCCCCAGUAUGAAGUGGGGUGGCUGGAUAAAAGCAAGAAUGUGGCCUCAAUAUCCAUUGUGAAUGCUGAGUCAUUGACUAGGAAGAAACUUCCAUUCACUAGAGAGAUGCUGAAGUCAUUCAUGAGAGAGUCAACUUCAAAGACUUCACCAUGGGUGGUCCAUGAUAUUCUGGCACAGAAGCAUGGGAUCUCACGUGAACCCCCCAAGGAGAUUCUGGAGAAGAUUGGGAAGAAUACCAAAAUGGAGAAUGGGCAUGGAAAUAGUGGUGCAAAGAAGAGACCAAAUAUUGAAAAUGGGGAAACAGAAGAUUUGGCAAACAAAAGGAAGAGGAAGACAGAAGAGAAGGAACCAUUGGUUGAACAGAUUCAGUACCCAAUCGAUGAUCUCUUGGUGAAGCUAGGUGAUGAUGAUCCUGUAUAUACCCAGCGUCCUGUACCGGCCACGGAUUUCCUUGUGCCAAUGGAUUGUGUUGGGGAUCUUUUAAUGGCUUGGGAUUUCUUCUCUUCAUUUAGCCAUGUUCUACGCUUGUCCCAAUUCUCUCUUGAUGACUUUGAAAAUGCAGUAGUUUACAAAGAAAGUGAUUCAGACCUCAUUGUAGAGGCUCAUUCUUCCAUUUUACGCAUGCUCAUUAAAGAUGAAAGUGACUACUAUACUUCUAUACAGGAAAAGAAGAGGGACUUAAAGAUCACGUCUAAGAAUUGGACUGGUUAUUUAUGUGAAUUCUUACAAAUGGAAACUGUUUCUGGCUUUUCGGGUCAAUUGACAAAAAUUAGGGAUGGUCAUCACUUUAUGCUUGAUGUCAAGGUCAAAUUAAACAUCCUUUCUGAAUUGGUUUAUUGGGCUCUUAUGACGGAGGCAAUCAGAGGGCAAUUGGAUGAGUAUAUUGAGCAAUGUCAGGCUAUCAUGUUGACUAAGCGGGAGGAAGAACUGGAGGACUUAAGGAAGAGAAAAGAGCAGCAACAGCAACAGAAAGAAGCAAGCUUGACCAAGGGCAGUGACACUAACAGCCUAGAGGCUUUGGAUUCCAGGCAAAAUGGGGAUAUCAAAGAGGUUCUGCAACCUGGGAAGUCCUCAUGGCAGGAAAUCGUGCCUCUUGAAAAUGGAGGGAACAAACAGGCCACUUUGUUGUCAAGAAGGAUAAUGAUGAAACAGAAAUUAAAUGCACAAAUGCAUGAAGCGAGAGAGAAAAAAAGGAUACAGAUGGAGGAGCGUAAGAGGCUGCGUGACAAAGGAAAGCAGGCAAGAGAAAAGAAACUAAAGGAGAAGAGGCAAGAGCACUUUAAUCGAGAAAUAGAGAAACGAAUCAUAAGAACCAGUGUGUUAGGCAAGGACAGAGACUACAAUCGGUAUUGGUUUUUCUGUCGAGAUGGGAGGCUGUUUGUUGAGAGUGCGAAUCACAACCAAUGGGGUUUUUAUUCUUCCAAGGAGGAGUUAGAUGGAUUAUUGCUAUCCUUGAAUCCAAAGGGUGAUAGGGAAAGGGCUCUAAAAGGACAGGUUGAGAAACAUUAUAACAAGAUAUGUGCUGGAAUCCAGAAGAGAUCCAAGGAGAUUGCUCAACGCAAUGACAUGGACACUGCUGUUUUACGUCGCUCAAUUCGUGUUCACGGGCCUCGAAAAUGUGGUGCAACACUGCCCUUUCUUAACUAUGGCAACAAGCUCAAAACUGACCUCUGAUGAGGAACAUCUCAGGUAUACGAAGAAAGGUCUCCACAAUGGUAUCCCUCCCAUGACUUAGAACUAACGCAUCUCUUUUGUGCAUAUACAUGAUCCAUCAAUGGUAUUUCAUCCAUAUUUACCCAAACAAAAAAAAAAGGAUGUUUCAUCCAAACCUGAAUUCAUUUUCUUUUUUGUUUUCUUUUGCGUAAGUUUCUUUUAAAGUGGACAGGUACAUAUUUGCCAUGUCCGCUAACAUGUUGUCCUUGAUCUCCACAAUGUUUGCAUGUAGUCAUUCUAUCUCAUUCUGCCUCAUCAACACUUGAUUUGGUGCAUUUAUGCCACAUUCUCAUGUCCAAAGUACAGUUACAAACUCAUAACUGAAGUCUUCUUAUCUUUGUUGACAAAAGUUUUGGUCUAGUUUGGGGUUUGGCUAAGCAUCUCAGCCUACAAGCCUUGUCAAGUCAAAAUAUUGUAAUUUUGUUUGGCUCAAGUUAAGUAGAGACCCAGAUAUAUCAAUGGCCAAAAAUUCACCUGAAGCUUGUCAGAAUCUUUGGAAGAGCUGGUAUUCCGAAAAUCAAUUUUUUCUAAUGUCUCAGAUGACAACCCUGCCCUCUUUGAACUCUGUUUUACUUUUUGUGAAUUUUUCAAUGGCUACCCUAUUUGUUCUAGUGCUC